AAGUUAUGUAUGCUCAUUUGGUAUUGAUGUUAUGCUCAUUUUUAAAUGUCAUAUUUCAAAAAUAUCAUAUUACAUUAGACUCACAUAUUGAAAUUAAUAGGAGUGAAUUAUAGAUAUAAUUUAAUAAGUUUUUAUAAAAGAAAAAAUACGAAAAAGAAAAAAAUUAGAAGAUAUGAAGCAGAGAUUGUGAUACUCAUUGUUACCCUCCUAAUGCUCAAUACAACAGGUAAAAUACUCACUAAAAGUACACUAUUGCUCAUUUUAGUAGAGGUCGUGACUUUUCACUUAAAUUACAAGAAUGCCACCGAAUCUUUUUUGGCCCAUAUUAGUUAUUUAGUUGUGUUCCUUUGGUGGGCCGGGUGUAUGUACCAUAUAGGCACUCCACACCUCCCAACAGAACAAAACCUGUGGCUAUUAGCUAAGAACAGAAGAAGCAUAAGGGCUUGAUUGCAAACAUUUAAAUAAAGUGUUUGUGGCUUUUUUUAAGAAAAAAACACUUACUCCGUAUUUUACUAAACACUAACAACUUUUAUUUUCUCGGUUUUUGUGUAGGAUAUACUUUUUACUUAUUUUACCAAACACUACUAACUUUUAUUACUAAUCACUUUUUCUCAAAAAUUGCUUUUAUUGACAUGUACUUGCAAACAAAGCCGAAGAAACUUGAGCGGCUGAUUGUGUUGGAAGACCUCUCCAUGCUCCAGCGCUAGCGAAGAAGGAAAACAUUUGAUCUUUUCUCAGCGGUAGACGUUUCCACUCUCUAGCGAAUCCAAAAGGUAUACUCGUGGACCCGUAGUGUAAUAGCCUCUGCAGAAUCUACAGCCGUUUACCCCAUCUGGCUUUGCCCACACAGACUUUACAGGCUCCCGUUGAAAACCAUGAUAUAUUCGGAACCAGGAUUUGAGCUGCACAAAAGGCAGGGCGACACGAGCUAUGCCCAAAUGUACACCGAUAUUGGAGUGUACUACGCACCCGGCCCUGUCCUUAGGGGUGAAGUCUUUGAUGGUUCAUUGGCAGUGCGGCGUUUGGAGGAUUGGUUGAUUGAAAACCACGGGUUCCAACCACAAUAUGCAGUGUCUGAGUUGUCGGAGAAGAGCUUCUGGAGGAUGUUUGAUGUUGGGCUCUAUGAGCACUGCAGGCGCAAGUAUAAAGCCAUAGGCACCUUCAUGAGUGUGUACUACAAGUCA